AUGGUCUAUGACCGCGCUGGGCGCUCUGAAGGUUUGGCUUACGUCACCUACGAAGAGCACCAGGAUGCAAAGGAAGCCGUUCGAGAGUUUGACGGAGCCAACGCAAAGGGCCAGCCGAUCCGACUGACUAUCCUUCCGUCCGGCCCCCGACGUAAUCCAUUCGAUUCUGCUCAAAUGCCUGGACGGUCCUUGGCCGACAGAAUCACUCAGCCGUCUGACCGAUCCAGAUCCUACUCUCCCGACAUGGAUCGCGGUAUUGACCGUUAUGUGCCUUCUGGUGGCCGACGAUCGCGCAGUCCCAUUCCUCGCAGACGAGGACAAGGAGGAAGACGGCCCGGCCAAAGACGCGAGGAAGGAGGCCAGACUCAGCGGGAUGGCGGUGAACGCAAGGGACGUGGAGGGCGACCUAAGAAGACCCAAGAGGAGCUGGACGCUGAAAUGGCAGACUAUUUCGGUCCUGGCGGUGCUGCAAACGACGCACCGGCUGCUGCUCCGGCUACUGAGGCUCCGGCUGGCGGCGACGAUGUCGACAUGAUUGAGUAG